AUGGAAUAUGAUAUAUCUAUCAAGGCAACCAAGCUAGAUAGAGGCAAGGGUUUAUGUGAACAACUUGCUAGAAGUAUAGAAAAUAGUAAAGAAGUGGAACAACAAGUUGAAACAAUGCUUAAUAAUGAAAAACAACCUGCUGCCCCAGCUUUGCCUGUCACUUGGAAUCAACAAAUUGCCCAUUAUUUACAAAUCGGUGACUGUUUAGAAGGCUUAGACAGAUCAAAACGAAGGCAUUUUAGGAUACAGGCCAUUCCUUAUGCUUUAAUAGAUGAGUUUGAGUUACUUGAAGAGAAACCAAUGCAGAUUAGGCUUGCUCAGCUUGUGGAGUUAGAAGAAAUUCGCAGGGAAGCAUACAACAAAUUAGAAAUUCACCAUGCUCAGAUAAAGAGAACCUUUGAUAGAAAAGUUGUACCACACUUAUUUAAUCAAGGUGAUCUUGUUUUCAAGUGGGAUGAGUUAAAGAACAAAUGUGGUAGGCAUACCAAGUUUGAUGCCACGUGGGAUGGUCUUUAUGUUAUCACAUAA